AGUUGUACGUCUUUUUAUCAUCAUUCUAUUGCGAGCAAAAGGUGCAAAAAAUGAUCCCACCACCAACCUUUGCGAAACAGCCGGAUCUUCAGUUCCGCGCGGGAAGAAUGAAGUACGCGAACGGUAUUCUCACGGCAGACAAGCGUAAGGGCUACGUUUCAUUCUUCUCUGCUGGCCCAAAUGCAGUCGAGCUUGUUUGGGGUUCCAACACCGAACUCGCACCUGCUCUUCGGCUUCCUCGUGGCAAAACGAACGUGAAAUUUGUGGAGCAGUGCAAAACGGGGCGUGUUUUAUUGUUUGAAGUCAACGAAGGCGGUGAGAAAAAGUUGCAUUUCUACUGGCUUCAGGAAAAAUCAGAAGAAAAAGACAGCGCUUAUCUGAUGAGUCUGGAACAAAUGUUGGCCGAGCGUCCUCCUGUAACGAAUAAACCGACGAUCGCUUUAGAAGACUUCAAAAAGAUUCUGGCUAGCGUAUCGAAAAGCAAAAAGGAUAUUGCCUUAACUGACGUUUUGUCCUCCUCUAUUGUUACAGAGGAACUGAACAGCGAGCCGGCUUUGUAUCGGGCAAAGUUGGGACCACACCUCCCCCAAGGAGUUGAUUCAUCAAGCAAUCUUCUCCCGCAAGUAAAAAAUCCGCAGGUUUCUCAAGCGGCCGCGAUGCUGCAGGCUGCGCUCCAGGACCCUCCAACGUACAAGCAGCUCUGCUCUUCGUUCGGAGUCCCUGAAACGGAGGCGAAUGGUGGAGUUUUGGCUUUUCUCAAUGGUAUUAUAAAGGCAACGAAAGAAACGAAAAAAUGA